AUGGAGAAAAAACUCAAAGCGGCUCAGCAUAAAAAGAAGGUUGCGUUGGAGAAUAUCAAAUCGCUUGAAAGAUUUGUGACCACGUUCUCCAAGGAUGAAGUGGGUCAGCUUCCAGGUGCAUUGGAGAGGCUUCAGCAGCAAAAGGAGGAUUUCUUCGCAGCGAUGGCGAAAUUAGAAGAACUCGAUGAUAGCAGUGAAGCGUUGGAAUCGUGUAUCAGCGAUAGGAUUGACAUGGAGGAGCGUUGCCAACGUUUGAAGGCAUUCUUGCGGACGAAUCUUCCGAAGGAGACACCAGAUUCUUCGAUGCUGGCAAACUCAACAAUGGCAUUUGGACGGCCAACUGCAACCAAUCUUCGGCUUCCAAAAAUCGAAUUGCCUACGUUCGACGGUGACUCUACAAAAUGGCUCUCGUUUCGCGACCGUUUUGUAUCGAUGAUCGAUGAUUCGGCAGAAUUGUCAUCGAUUGCUAAACUGCAGUAUCUACUGUCAUCUUUAAAGGGCGACGCUGCAUUACCCUUCGAGCACACACCGUUAACAAACGAAAACUACGCGGUCACUUGGAAGGCGCUGUUGAAAAGAUACGACAAUACACGUAGCCUUAUUCGUGAGUAUUGGCGGAAACUUCAUUUUCUUCCGGUGGUAAAAUCAGAGAGCGUCGAAGAUCUAACUAAUUUAGUGGAUGAAUUCACACGGCAUUUGAAUGGUUUGGCCAAGCUGAAAGAACCUGUGGAGGCAUGGGAUACUCCUUUGUCCAACAUGCUGCUGAUGAAGUUCGACAGCGAGACCAUUCUUGCGUGGGAGAAGCAUUCCGUCCACUUCGAGCGGGACAAAUAUCAGGAACUGAUGAAAUUUGUCGAAGAUCGGAUCCAGAUCCUCAAAUCCACUAAAAGCCUUACCAUUGUAGAGGAUUCGACGAUUAAGGUGGCCGGCAACGCACGGCAAAAUACCUCACGGAGAGCCAUUACAAACACCGCAGCCAUUCAUAAAUCCUCGGGGCAACCACGGUGUUUAUUGGAGUGCGCUGAAAAUCACUCGCUACGCAUGUGUCCAAUAUUCAACGGCAAGGAUGUGCAGCAGCGACGCGGCAUCGUGGCAAAGAAGCGCUGUUGCUGGAAUUGCCUAAGCAAUACGCAUCUAGCGAAGGACUGCAAGUCGGAUCGGUCCUGUCGCACGUGUGGGGAGCGUCAUCAUUCACUGCUACACAUUUCUUCGACGAUAUCGAUGGGAGUGAACUCGGAAGACGAAACGGUGUUCCUUGAGACGGCGGUGCUACAUCUCGUCGAUGACUACGGAACAAGGCACGAGGCGAGAGCGCUUCUCGAUUCCGGAUCGAUGUCUAACUUCAUCUCGGAAGCGUUCGCUCGGAAAUUAAUGGCCUCUCGGUCUAAGGUCAACGUUUCCAUCUCUGGCAUCGGUAUGGCGUCGCAGUUGGUGAACGGGUCGAUUGUGGCAACCGUCCAGUCGAAGAUACAACCAUUCGCGACUCAAAUGGAAUUCCUGAUCCUGAAUAACCCAUCGGCGGACAUCCCAACGACUCCCACUAACGUGUCUUCCUGGAGGAUGCCGGUAGAUGCAGUUUUGGCGGAUCCAUCGUUCUACAUCCCAGGCAGAAUUGACAUCGUCAUCGGGGGAGAUGCGUUCUGGGAGAUUCAUUCCGGAAGGAAACGGUCGCUUGGCAAGGGACGUCCGUGGCUGGUCGAGACUCCCUUCGGUUGGGUCGUCGCGGGUAACACUGCCCAAGCUGCAAAGGAGGUUCCACGAAUUUGCCAUGUGGCUACGUCAAACACCCCACUGGAAGUGAUCCUGAACCGGUUCUGGGAAUGCGAAACCCUUCCCAACGAAGCAACGUUUUCCGAGGAGGACCUCUGCGAGAAACAUUACGUUUCUACGACGACUCGGGACGCUGCGGGAAGGUAUGUGGUUAGUUUACCGUUUAACUCGAAUGCCAAUACAAUUUUAGGAGCUUCCAAGGAGAUCGCCGAUCGCCGGUGGGCGGGAAUGGAACGUCGGCUGAAUUCCAACCCGCAAAUGAAAGAGGCAUACAUCAAGUUUAUGAAGGACUACGAGCGUUUGGGGCACAUGAAGAAACUUAGCGAACCCGUUGAUGAUUCAGUUCCGCAUUACUAUCUGCCGCAUCAUGCAGUAGUAAAGGAGACCAGUACGACCACUAAGGUUAGGGUUGUCUUUGAUGCAUCCUGCAAGACAACUUCCGGGUUUUCACUAAACGACACUUUGCUCAUCGGUCCGGUAGUACAGCAAGAUCUGCUUUGGCAAGGAUCGAAGGACUGCAAGUCGGAUCGGUCCUGUCGCACGUGUGGGGAGCGUCAUCAUUCACUGCUACACAUUUCUUCGACGAUAUCGAUGGGAGUGAACUCGGAAGACGAAACGGUGUUCCUUGAGACGGCGGUGCUACAUCUCGUCGAUGACUACGGAACAAGGCACGAGGCGAGAGCGCUUCUCGAUUCCGGAUCGAUGUCUAACUUCAUCUCGGAAGCGUUCGCUCGGAAAUUAAUGGCCUCUCGGUCUAAGGUCAACGUUUCCAUCUCUGGCAUCGGUAUGGCGUCGCAGUUGGUGAACGGGUCGAUUGUGGCAACCGUCCAGUCGAAGAUACAACCAUUCGCGACUCAAAUGGAAUUCCUGAUCCUGAAUAACCCAUCGGCGGACAUCCCAACGACUCCCACUAACGUGUCUUCCUGGAGGAUGCCGGUAGAUGCAGUUUUGGCGGAUCCAUCGUUCUACAUCCCAGGCAGAAUUGACAUCGUCAUCGGGGGAGAUGCGUUCUGGGAGAUUCAUUCCGGAAGGAAACGGUCGCUUGGCAAGGGACGUCCGUGGCUGGUCGAGACUCCCUUCGGUUGGGUCGUCGCGGGUAACACUGCCCAAGCUGCAAAGGAGGUUCCACGAAUUUGCCAUGUGGCUACGUCAAACACCCCACUGGAAGUGAUCCUGAACCGGUUCUGGGAAUGCGAAACCCUUCCCAACGAAGCAACGUUUUCGGCCGAGGAGGACCUCUGCGAGAAACAUUACGUUUCUACGACGACUCGGGACGCUGCGGGAAGGUAUGUGGUUAGUUUACCGUUUAACUCGAAUGCCAAUACAAUUUUAGGAGCUUCCAAGGAGAUCGCCGAUCGCCGGUGGGCGGGAAUGGAACGUCGGCUGAAUUCCAACCCGCAAAUGAAAGAGGCAUACAUCAAGUUUAUGAAGGACUACGAGCGUUUGGGGCACAUGAAGAAACUUAGCGAACCCGUUGAUGAUUCAGUUCCGCAUUACUAUCUGCCGCAUCAUGCAGUAGUAAAGGAGACCAGUACGACCACUAAGGUUAGGGUUGUCUUUGAUGCAUCCUGCAAGACAACUUCCGGGUUUUCACUAAACGACACUUUGCUCAUCGGUCCGGUAGUACAGCAAGAUCUGCUUUCGAUUGUCAUGCGUUUUCGGGCUCAUGCGAUAGCAAUUACUGCAGACGUGGAGAAAAUGUAUCGUCAAUUCCUUCAUCACGCCCAAGACAAGAAUUUUCUUCGCAUUCGGUACAGAGAAAAUUUCGCAGAACCCAUAAGCACCUACGAACUACAAACGGUUACCUACGGCACGGCAUCGGCACCAUUCUUAGCUACACGAACUCUGAAGCAGAUUGCAAACGAUCAUGGGGAGCAAUAUCCACGCGCAGUUAGCCCUGUACUGUACGAUUUCUACGUGGAUGACCUACUAACCGGUGCUGACGAUCAAACAGAUGCAAUCGAAAUAGUGAGCCAAGUUACAGAAAUGCUGCAGUCAGCUGGUUUAUCGCUAAAAAAGUGGGCAUCGAACAUACCUGAAGUGCUCUCUCGCAUUCCACCAGAAGACGUAGCGAUCUUACCAACAUACGAAUUACGAGACGCGCAAUGUGUAUCCACUCUCGGGCUUGUAUGGGAGCCUGCCCUCGACUUGCUUCGGUUCCGGAUCGAUCUUCCAUCUACAGCACCAAUAUGGACACGAAGGAUAACAAUGUCUUACAUUGCAAAGAUAUUUGAUCCACUCGGAUUGUUGGGACCAGCCAUAACAGUAGCCAAGCUAUUCAUGCAACAGCUUUGGUUGCUAAAGCAAGACGGGAAAGCUUGGGACUGGGACGUUGAGCUGCCAUCACAGGUCCAAAAGGAAUGGCACAAGUUUUACUCUACAUUACAUCUUCUUCGGGAAAUUGGAACUAUGUGCGGCUCGACUGGCAACACACUUAUACCGGAAGGUCAGCCAAUCCUUAAACAUUACUAUACAAUCCACGGUAUGCUGGACCGAUUCCAUGACCGUGAUACAUUGGUUGAAUUCCUCACCUCGACGUUGGAAACCAUAUGUGGCAAAUAG